AGUAAUAUAUUUCCUAUUAAGAAAUCCGUGUUGGUUAAGGAUUCCGCAAGAUUAAUUUUCCCGAACCAAACAAAAACCAAAACCAAAACCAAACAGAAGUGGGAAAGGAAACAACAAAUUUAGGAAAGUCCUAAUUUGAUUCCCAUUUGGAUUACCAGCUUAAGUCCUAUAUAUAUCACAACCAAAGGCAGGAGCGGCACUCAUCAACAAAGAGCUACGCACACCAUCACCAACACUAAUAAUUCGCUCUCCUGCUAAGAAAUAAUUAUAAUAUCUAAAACGUCAAAAGAAUUUGUAGAAGAAAGAGGUAAGUAACUCGAAGGAAGAUGACUUCUUGUGGCAAAGCAGAAAACACAAGUCUAUGUGCAAGGGGUUGCGGUUUCUAUGGAACACCAAGUAAUCACAACCUUUGUUCCCAAUGCUACAAAGCUUUUCUGAAAGAAGAACAAGCCAAGAAUGUGAUAGCCUUAUCCGAGAAGAUAUCGUCUCUUACUGUUGAUGAUUCUGAUUCUGCUACAGCUGAGAACGUUGGUUUGACGAUGAAGAGGCAAAGAUGCAUGAUUUGCAAGAAAAAAUUGGGAUUAAUAAGUUUCAAUUGUCGGUGUGGAGGAAUGUUUUGUGGAGUUCAUAGGUAUCCAGAGGAACAUACAUGCAAUUUUGAUUUUAAGUCUAGAGGCCGUGUGAUUUUGGCUAAGGAAAAUCCUCUCUGCAAAGCUGAUAAACUUGAGACUAGGAUCUAAGACCAAUAUCGUUAUUGCUCUUGUUAAUUGUUGCUUAUGUAACAUUUAGUUUGGAUGUCCUUUCAUAUUGUAUCCUUCUCUUUGUGGAA